AUUUCUCAACUCAAAAUAUUUUUCUGAUUGUUUUCAGGAGUAAAAGUUCCUCGUAAUUUUCGUCUGUUGGAAGAACUUGAAGAAGGUCAGAAAGGAGUAGGUGAUGGAACAGUUAGCUGGGGCCUUGAAGAUGAUGAAGAUAUGACACUUACAAGAUGGACAGGAAUGAUUAUUGGGCCUCCAAGAACAAUUUAUGAAAACAGAAUAUACAGCCUUAAAAUAGAAUGUGGGCCUAAGUAUCCAGAAGCACCUCCAUUUGUAAGAUUUGUAACAAAAAUUAAUAUGAAUGGAGUAAAUAGUUCUAAUGGAGUGGUGGACCCCAGAGCCAUAUCAGUCCUAGCAAAAUGGCAGAAUUCUUAUAGUAUCAAAGUUGUUCUGCAAGAGCUUCGGCGUCUAAUGAUGUCUAAAGAAAAUAUGAAACUUCCUCAGCCACCUGAAGGACAAUGUUACAGCAAUUAAUUAAAAAAAAAAAACAAACAUGCCCCCCUUAUUCAAUUUAAGCUGUCUUCAUUUUCCACAGUAGUAAAUUUUCUAGAUGCAUCUUGUAGACCUCAAAAUACUGGAAAGGAAGUUCCCAUUCAAAGGAAGUUUUUCUUGAGAUACUGUAAAUGAUACUAAUUUUUUUUUUUUUCAUUUGAAAUAAGUUGUGCUAUAACAAAUAAUCCUGUUGUGUAACCACUGUCCACAUAGCUGAACUUCUGGUAUCAGGAAAAGUCUAUUUAAAUUUAUUACUGUCAAGACCAGUGUGGCACAUCUAACUUAACUGUGAAAGCAUACAUCCCACAAUCACUUUGCUGUGUGUCUGGCCUGGUUUUUUUUUUUUUAUUUCUUUUUCUGUCUUUUGCAAUAGAGUCGAAGCUCAGGGCUAUUUAUUAGAGUAGACACAAAGGUUUUUGCUUCCAGUACUACACUGGGCUUUAUGGACUACUAAUGGGGAUGUGUGCUAACCUCAGUCAUCCCUCCCUUUGUGCUAUCUCUAGUAAAGGCUGAAUGUGACUGUGGUCGUUUUGGGGUUUUUAUUAUUUUUUUUUUAAAUGCCCUGAUAAUCUGGGGCAAGCUUUCCUUCUUCCCUUUGGCCAAGGCAUAGAUUGUAUUUCUCUUCCUGGUCCGCCUCACCAGUGACAUGGGCUUUGGGUGAGGGAUUCAGGGUUCUUUUAAUCUCUUCCUUCUUCCCCUCUUUUUAGCGGGGGUGCUGCUUUCUUUUUGCCCCUCUCUGUGACUCUUCUCACCCCUGGCCAGCAGGGGUAAGCGUUGGGGCAAUAACUUGACCUGUUCCCUCCUGCUUGUCAUUUUGGUUUUGCAACAAAUUUAGUCUUCACCAGCCUGGGAAACAAGAGUAUCUGUUCUGCUCGCAAACUUGGAUUUUCCCUGUCCCUCCAGCACUGCUGCCACACCGCCAAGCUGGCCACGGCUGAUGUUAUUAGAUAGGCUUUUGACGUGGUGAAAAGAGCAGUAAUUUACCAGGAUUGCCGAAAUCUUCUGCUGCCAAACUUUAACAGGGAAACUUUGCACAUAGAGAUUCUGAACACACGCUCCAGCUCAAAUAGUUGUAUUUUGGUGCUUUGGAUUGACCCAAGAAUGUUAAUUAAUGAAAUGUUGCACUUAUGUUUGGCCCUUCUAAAGAUGUGACGACUACAGACAAAUCAAACCAGUGUAGUAGAUUUUAUUAGGAUUCUGUAAGUCUUAGAAGAGAAAUCUCUUCAGUGAAGAUUUUGGGGAAGCGGUGCAUACAGCAGAUUAAGGACCUUUAUUGGCUUUGCAUCCUGGCAAAUCACUGCCUUUUCUGGUUUACUGUUUCGGACCACUAACUGCUGAAAUGUGGAUGCAAGCUUACAUAUGACCAACCUAGUGUGUCCUAAGUUUUAUGAAAAACUCAGUGUUUGUGUAAAAAAAGAAAAAAAAAAGGGAAAAAAAAAGAAAAAAGUAAAAAUAAACACAUUUUAAAGCAGCAGCUAUCAAGUCAAUGAACGAUUGAUGUUUCCAUUAACUCUUUUGAGGAAAAUAUUAGUUGUAAGGAUUUAACAUCCUCUGUAAUUAAAGUUUAACAUAACAGUAUUCCAUAAGCAGCCUUUUUAUUGUAUCAGACCAUUGCCUGAUUUUAAUAUAAUAAAAAGUGUGCAUUAAUAUUAGAAGGCUUUAAUUGUAUUUAUGUUUAGAA